UUUACUUGCUCAAACCAGGGCCGUAGACCGUACCCGAUCUGAAAGAGACAAGGCCAAGGCAAAAAGUCACCUCAGACUAGUUCUUUGAAGCGAAUCGGUACUGCCGAGGCACUUCCUCAUCCUCUGUUCUAUUCUUACGAAGUCUACCACCCUACCUGAGGCGGAGUUACCGUUCUUCCCUUCACACGGGCGCCUAGCAGUCAAGGUUCGGGUCCUAGGUACCGUCCUCGGGAGUCCCUUCAUUAUAACCCUACCACGCGAGUCCGCCUUUCGAGAAGCACUCGUUGUUCGGCUACCCCAGUCUUCCAACCAACGAUUCAUUCAACCCCGUGCUGUCUUUGUCCCAGGUUCCCCCCAGUCCCAAUCAUAAAGACCUGUCACCCUUCAAGACGGACCUUCUCCCCCCUUCUUUCACAAUGUCAGAUCAAACCCCAGCCCAAGAAGAGUUCGCCUCUUUCCUAGCCAAGAACUCCUCGACCAAGUACAGCUCUCACCCAGAAGACCGAGACGACUACCACGACUCCAAGGCGUUCCACUCGGACGACCAAGCAGACAGCGAGGACGAAGACGAAGAAGACCGCUUCCGCAACGCCCAGAUCGAAGCAGCCAUGCGCAUGCCCACCAUGGACUCGCGGACCGAGAUCCGGCUGCCGCCGGCCGGGUUCGACGCCGGCGCCUCCACGGGCGUCAAGGGCGUGAUCGCGGACGCCCGAGCCUACGAGACCGCCAAGCGCAGCGCCAAGUGGAAGGACAGGGUGCGCAACGCGCGGAGGAGCGUGUUUGGCGGCGGCGGUGACGCAUCUCCACAACAGAACAGCAGCAGCGGGCUGGACAGCGAUUUCGGGAGCGAUGCGGGACUGGAUAGCAUGGAUGAGGACGAGAAGGAGUUUCUGGAUAAGUGGAGGGAGAGUAGGCGGCGCGAGCUGGAGAAGAGCAGCAUGAACCCGGCGUCGAGACAGAGGAGGACGAGCCCCAGCUCGAGGCAGUUUGGCCGGCUGGAUAAUGUGGAUGCGAUGGGAUACUUGGAUGCCAUUGAGAAGGUUGGGCCGGAGACGGCGGUGGUGGUGUUUGUUUAUGACCAUGAGUGCCCCGUCUCAGCAGCAAUCGAGAUUGCUCUCCGACCAAUCGUCCACUCCCACCCCGCCAUCCAUUUCGUCAAGGUUCACUACGCCGAGAUUGAGUUCGACAACGCGGCCGUCCCGUCCAUCCUGGCGUACCGCAACCAGGGAGACCUCUUUGCGAAUCUCACGGGGCUGAUCGAGAUGAUUCCGGACGACGAGGAUUUCGACAGCGACACACUCAAGCGGCUUUUCGAGAGGCACGGCAUAUUACGGAGCCAAAGGGGAGAGCCUGCCGGAUGGUAAUAAUGCUGCUGCUGGA